AUGGCGUCCCUUGAGCGGCACGAAAUCGCUCUGAAGGUCUACAGAGACAAGUGGAACGACUUCUACAAAUGGGAGGUGGAAGUCGAAUGGAGUACUUUAGUCAAUGGAUUGACUGAUCAUUGUCAUCCGCCUCCUCCUGUUUUGCCUGAUACUAGUCAUGCAGAGUCUGGGGAGAUGGAUCUGGACGGGGAGGAAGACGCCUGUUCCACGCUUUUUAUCUUUCAGGACCAGGAGCUGCAAUGCGAACAACCUUUGGACAACCCGGUGGAGAAGGAUGCCGCAAACUUUAAAUCUUAUCCUCCAUACACGAUAUGCACACCGCUGACACAAAAUACGGCCGGUCCAAGGCUUGAUUCAACCUCAUUCAUUCCAUACGCCGACGACCACAAAUUCCGCGUCGAUGCUUAUCUUUCACUUUUCCCAAAUAGUGAACAUCUUGGCUGGCAAGCAGAUUUCAAGGAUCCCGACCAUGAAGUGAUAAAGCUGGAGACAGCGCGCCACCUCUUCUAUGAUAAAGGCUUUGGCUUUGACGAGAUCGAGAACAUUCCUGGGUUUGAUGCACGUCUUCGGAUUGACGACUGCGACGGCCUAGUUUGGGCGAGUGCACAACGAGACCUACCUUUCAUACAUUGGUAUGGGAUCAACCAGGGGGACGGCGAAGAGUCAUCCGGAGUUCCGGCUCCCUCUACCACCAAGUUCAUCCCAUCUUCAAUUGCUCAGCUUACGGAUGGAUCCGCGGGAAAGGGUCUUUUUGCCGAGGUUCAAAAGGCCUCAGGUAACUUUUGUCCACAUCUAAACUGCCUCAAGUCAUACUUUCCGCAUUGCCGCGUGCCUCCAAUCCAAGAGCAGAGGCCGAAGAAGCCAUUGGCGAAAUUCGCAGACGGGCAACGCUGUGGUGACUUCUGCUAUCGGAGAAUUCCCCGAGAACACAGGACGCACGAAGAGCUGGUCAAGCUAGGCUUAGAUUGGACACAGACUGAGAUCGCUUUGUUAUCAGACAUACUAAAACUUUCUCCCGACUCGUCUCCUUGCGACCUGGCAGUCAUUUGCAGAAAACCGUGCAUGGAAGUGCUUGCAACUCGCUGUCGAAUUCACCCAGACCCGGAUGUCUUGGACUAUCAAGUGGAUGAACUCGAGGGGGCACCAGCGGCUCCGACGGAGGAGUGGUUUCGCUCGACCGAGAUGGCGGAAUACUGGCCGGCAAUGAUCUCUAUCAUCCGCUCCAGCCCUGCUCGCACCCAGGCCCUUGUGGUUCUCAAGAAUCAAACUGUCCCUGUUAUAAAGCCAGACACCACUGCAGUCGAAAUUGUCGAUAGUCAAAGGUACAUGUGGCUCGACGCCAUCCUCAUUCUGCAUCACAACAUUAACUCCAAUGCAGAACCGAAGGGAAAGAAGAGCAAAUGCAGAAACAAUGCUUGUCAAAAAGGACGAUUCCCUUUGAUCGAGAUAAACGCAGCAACCUGGGGUCAGGGAGCUUUCGCGGGACGCAGUAUCAAAUCAGGCACAAUCAUCGGCGAAUAUGUCGGGGAAGCUUUGCUUCUCGCAGAGGCCGACGAGGGCGUGCAAAGCCUUCUCAACCGGUACAGUGGUCUCAAUUAUUCGUUUUCUUUGGACCAGACCUUCCUUCUCGACUCGCUGCGCGCUGGCAACGAAACGAGGUUUUUAAACCACACUACAGAUGCCAACUGCACCGCGGAUGUCAUUACAGUCAACGGUGAUCACCGGAUUUUCUUGAUCUCCACGAAAGCCAUAAAAAAGGGCCAGGAGCUUUUUCUCGACUAUGGCGAGGCAUUUUGGAAGGACGGGGAAGACGACGAGUCACAAGCACAGCCGAAGGAUCCUACCACACGUAUGGAGACAAGUAGACCGUCUUCCCCUACUUCAUGGUCGUGA